GCGGAGUCUGUGGAGCUACGGUGAGUUUUGUUCAACGGAUACAUGAUCAGCAGCACCUGGCCCAGGAGGAAAGAAGAGCCCUGCAGCCUGCCGCUCCCGCUGUCUGGCUGUAAUAUACGGAAAUGAAUGGUGCAGCAGCCAUGGAGGCCACCAGGAGACGAACCAAGCACAGUGCCAAUGGAAAAUCAUCUGAACAGCAGGAACAGCCAGCACAGUGGGGGAGAGCAUGGGAGGUGGACUGGUUUUCCCUGCUCAGUGUGAUUGGCCUCCUUUGCUUUGCCCCCUUUAUUGUCUUCUACUUCGUGAUGGCCUGUGAUCAGUACCAGUGCUCUGUCACCCAGCCCCUGUUUGAGCUGUACCAAGGAGAGACCACGCUGCUCUCCAUCUGGGCUCGGGCACCCUCCUUCAACUGGUCAGCUGCCAAGAUAUAUGCCAUCUGGGUGGCCUUCCAGGUGUUCCUGUAUAUGUGUAUUCCGGAUGUCACUCAUAAGUUUAUUCCUGGCUAUGUUGGUGGAGUGCAGGAUGGAGCACGAACUCCAGCUGGCCUGAUUAACAAGUAUGAGAUCAACGGGCUGCAGUGUUGGCUCAUCACUCAUGCUCUGUGGUUUGCCAACGCCCAGUAUUUCCACUGGUUUUCUCCCACCAUCAUCUUCGACAACUGGAUCCCCCUGAUGUGGUGUUGUAACAUACUGGGCUAUGCUGUGUCCACCUUUGCUUUCAUAAAGGCCUACUUGUUUCCCACUAAUGCUGAAGACUGCAAGUUUACAGGGAACGUCUUCUACAACUACAUGAUGGGCAUUGAGUUCAACCCACGCAUUGGCAAGUGGUUUGACUUCAAGCUUUUCUUCAAUGGCCGGCCCGGCAUCGUAGCCUGGACUCUUAUCAAUCUGUCCUACAUGGCCAAGCAGCAAGAACUGUACGGACAUGUCACCAACUCCAUGAUCCUGGUCAAUGUACUGCAGGCCAUUUAUGUGUUGGAUUUCUUCUGGAAUGAGGCGUGGUACCUGAAGACCAUUGAUAUCUGCCAUGACCACUUUGGAUGGUAUCUGGGCUGGGGAGACUGUGUGUGGCUGCCAUACCUCUACACACUGCAGGGUCUGUACCUUGUGUACCACCCUGUCCAGCUCUCCAACGCCCACGCCCUGGCUGUCCUGUUACUCGGCCUGGUUGGAUAUUACGUGUUCCGCUCCACCAACCACCAGAAGGACCUGUUCCGGCGCACCGAGGGCUCCUGCUCUAUCUGGGGCCGGAAGCCAACGUACAUCGAGUGCUCGUACCACUCUGGUGACGGUGGCCUCCACCACAGCAAGCUCCUGACUUCAGGUUUCUGGGGAGUGGCCCGGCACUUCAACUACACCGGUGACCUGAUGGGUUCGCUGGCCUACUGCGCCGCCUGUGGCUUCGGUCACAUACUCCCAUACUUCUACAUUGUUUACAUGACCAUCCUGCUGGUCCACCGCUGUGUGCGUGACGAGCACCGCUGCAGCAGCAAAUACGGCAAGGACUGGAAGCGCUACACAGAUGCUGUGCCUUACCGGCUCGUUCCUGGGGUGUUUUAAAAAAAAAGGGAUGAGAGAAAAAGGAGUGGGAGUGGGGAGAAAGUAAGGUAGGGUGGGGCUAGGAUUAAGAUUAAUGGGGUAGCAGGAGAAACAUGAGGGGUGUUUUAUACUGUCAAGGAUACACCACAGUGAACAUUUUAACAAGAUACAUUAUGAAGAAUUUGUAUGUAUUUCUAACACACGAGUACAUGUGUACAUGCAGGUACAGACACUUUAUUGCUAUAUUCCUCUGCCUCAGUAAAGGCAGUUUUAAACACUAUUCUGCUGCUUUCAUUAUGCUGUGACCAACAACACAUUUUAAUAACAGUACACUAUAUCUUUGAGGUUAGUAAGCUCAAGCACAACUUAAACCAGCUGAAGCCAAAAUCAGGAACAGAAACCGUUCUGUGGUAGACUGGUGUCUACGAUUGUUCUACGCAAUGCUGUGACAUUCCCAUAAUGCAGUUUGUCAGUUUGAUAGCAGUUUAUCAAGACAAAACAUGACUGCUUCCAGUUUCUCAAAUAUGAGAAGUUUAUAUUUUAUGUCAUAAAUAUACACCUGUUGUUUUUUGUCUGUUGCUUUGAUGAAUAAGCACUCAGGUAGCCUAUGAUGGAGGCUUUUCAUUAUUCUCUGCAUUUUCAGACUAAUUGAGUAAUUGUGACUGAAAAACAUAAAACAUAUAGAUUUAUGCAUCUGUAUCGACUAUAUAAUAUUUUGUUGCUGCCCUUGUCGCCUCCACUGGCAAGACUGGCUUCAUAAAUAGUUGUGUAGUCUUUGUUUGUCUCAAUCCUCAGAUUUGUUAACUGCCAUUAUGUUACGAGACACUUACAUUAGGUAAUCGCUUGUCUAGUUGGUAAGAAUUUCCCUCUUUAUGGUUGAGAGCGGCAUGUUCACAUAAAUCAGCCUUGUUAUAUACAGGUUUAAAUAUUUAGACUAUAAGAACCAUUUUAAACUGAACUUUAACAGCAACAAACAGCACUUCCUGUGUUUUCUGAUGUUCCCUUAAGCUGUAAAGCAUUAUGAAACUUUCAAGUUGGAUCAUUGUAUUUACUGUGAGUUAAACCAGUGUGCUUAGUUGAUCAAAGCCUUGCAAUGUUUCAAUGUUUGUUUAUAUGUCCGAUCAUCAUGUUUGUUUGAUGUUUGUUUUUAUUUCCUCAUGUCAGCACUGCCUUUCUUAUGAUGAUAAAGUAACAAAACACA